AUGCGUUACGCAUACACAUUUCCCGCCCUCUUUGCGGCCGCGGUCGUUGCUGCCCCCGUGCCUCAGGAGAACAUCCUCGACGUCGCUGCUCCCGGCGUCGCUCCUGCUGGCUCGGGUGAAAUUAUCGUUCCCCGCUCUGAGGACGGCCUUGUCGGUGACAUUGGUGUUGCUGCCGUUUGCAGUGAUGGCUCAAAUGCCCUCGUCAGCAACGUCGGUGUCGCCGCCGUCAUUCUCGGAGACGGCGAUGCUACCGGUGUGAAAAACGCUAAACGCGACAUUGACUGCGGCUCCGGCUGUGAUGACUCUGGCUCCGUCGACGGUGGUGACGGCGGUUCCGGAGGCAAGAAGACUGGCGGCCUUAUUGGAGACAUCGGAGUCGAGGACGGCCUCGUCGGCGAUGUCGGCCAAUCUGAGGACGGUCUUGUUGGCGAAGCCGGUGUCGCUGCCGUCGUUGCUGGUGGCGGUGAUGCCACCGGUGUUAAGAACGCUAAGAGCAAGAUCGGCCAGAACUACGUUAUGCACGAGAACCUCGAUGCCGUUGGUGUGCAGAACGCUAAGCGCUCCGAAGAUGGCCUCAUUGGAUACGUUGGUGUCGCCGCCGUCAUCGCUGGCAACGGUGACGCUACUGGAGUCAAGAACGCCAAGCGCACUGAGGACGGUCUCGUCGGAGACGUCGGUGUUGCUGCCGUCGUUGCCAGCAAUGGCGAUGCCACUGGUGUGAAGAACACUAAGCGUCAGAAUGCCGCUGGUGGGGGUGAUGACGAGCCCGCCGAAAAUAUCUCCGACGCCGGAAAAGACGCCGAAGAAGCCUCCAAGGCCGCUGAGCCCGCUCAGCCCGAAGACGAGAAGACCGAAGACACCCAGAAGGCCGAGGAUGCCGACAAGAAGAAGAAGAAGAAGGAGAAGGAGAAGGAGAAGGAGAAGGAGAAGGAGAAGGAGAAGGAGAAGAACCUGAUCGGUGAUAUCGGCCUCGACCUCGAAAUUUUGGGCCGGGGUACCGCGACCGGCGUCAAGGGCAACAAAUCUGACUCUGUGCUGGGCGACAUCGACCUCGGCGUCGAGCUGCUGAGCAAUGGCGAGAUCUUGUCAAUACGUACGCUCGCAGGACCUGAGAGUUGA